CCAAAAACCCUAUUUUUUAUUCUCACAAUCAAAAUGGCAAAAAAAUAAAUCUCGCGGCCGUAGCUCCGCCACAAAUCAACGGCUCAAAAUGUAUAAUAAUAGGCCAAAACGUGAUCGUAAGGGAAAAAUAUUGAAGCAUGAUUUUCAAUCAAAGAAGCUUCCAUCGACAAGGAUACAGCCAGAUCGUCGUUGGUUCAUCAAUACUCAAGUGAUCAGUCGGGAGAAAUUGGAAUCCUUUAGAGAAGAGAUCGACAGUCGGCUUUCUAGUAACUACAAUGUUAUUUUGAAUGAAGGGAAAUUGCUCAUGUCCCUUUUGAAUGAUCACAAGAAGAAAGGAAAAACUCAUCAUCUUGACAAUGAGCCUUCUGCUGAUGCUUUAGAACCUAAAACAAAGACGAAACUACCAAAACAUCUUGAAUCAUUAGCCAAGAAGGCUGAUAUGUCUUAAGAUGCCCCUCCCACACGGUUCAUGAAGAGACGUGAUCAUCUAAAUCCAACAUUUUUCUCAAGAAGCCUAAGCAAACCCUGUCCGAGCAUUUUCAAGGAUUUUGAAACGGAAGAUGCAAGCAAGAAGCGAAUAUAAGAUUAGAUAACUCAUUUUUUUUAGCAAAUCAGUUGUUCUUUAGUAACCCCUAUUAUAUUGUACUUAGUUCUCAGGAAUGCUACUAGAAAUAGCGAUUAUUUGAUCAUUGCUGUUAACUUUGGAUUUAGAGGAAAUAAAUCCGCAAUGAAAUGGAUGCAUGCUUGUCUUCUUUUUUCUCU